AUGGCGGAGGUGGGCAGCCGGGUGCGCGGGUUCCUGCGGAACCGGUGGCUGGUGUUCGUGGCGGCGAUGUGGAUGCAGUCCUGCGCGGGCGUCGGCUACCUCUUCGGCAGCCUCUCGCCGGUGAUCAAGGCCUCGCUCGGCUACAACCAGCGCCUGGUGGCCGGGCUCGGCGUCGCCAAGGACCUCGGCGACAGCGUCGGCUUUCUCGCCGGCACGCUCUGCGCCGUGCUCCCGCUCUGGGCCGCGCUCCUCGUCGGCGCCGCGCAGAACCUCGUCGGGUACGGAUGGGUCUGGCUCGCCGUCACGCGCCGCGUGCCCGUGCCCCCGCUCUGGGUGGAUGGUUGUGAAUGGUUUCAGCAAAGUAAAUUUCUAUUUCUAUUCCUGCAUGCUAGGGAAAUAUGUUUAGUUUCUUUUCUCUACCUUGGAUCGGUGAAGAUUGGGUUGUAG